AGCCCACUCUGCCCAAGCCCUCCAUCAGCCCCAGCGGGGAGGUCUCCCUGGGGGGAGUUGUGUCCGUCCAGUGUUGGGGGCAGGGCCAGGGCGUGCGGAUCGUGCUGAAUAAAGGGGGACGCCAUGUUGCACACGUGGAUUCGGAGAAGCCGGAGUUUGUGUUUCCCAUCAACAACGUGCGCCGGGAACAGGGCGGGAACUAUAGCUGCUCCCAUCACAGCAGGUCGGAGCCGUUCGUCAGGUGGAGCGACCCCGUGGAGCUGGUAGUGAGAGAUCCCAGCUUACCCAGACCCUCCAUCUCUCUGAGCCCCACUGGGGUCACCGCCCCAGGGGCAAACGUCACCAUCCGGUGUCAGGGGCAGCGCCAGAAUGUGACGUUCUUCCUGCACAAGGCUGAAGACCAGAACCUGCAGCAACACAUGGACCCUGCUGGGGAUGGGGCCGAGUUCCGCAUCCCCACCGUGGGCCGGCAGCAUGGAGGGAACUACAGCUGCAGCUACCGGCCCCAAUCAGAGCCCUUCGUCUCCUCGCAGCCCAGCGACCCCGUGCAGCUGCUGGUGAGAGGGUAAGGACCCGCCCCGAGACAGAGCAGAUGAGACCCCAGCUCUGCUUCCCACCCCGAUCUACCUGCCCUACGAUUCAGGACUCCUGGGUUCUCUCCCUGGCUCGGGAUGGGAAGUGGUGUGCAGUG